AUGCAACUAUAUUCGGUUCCAAGGUAAACAGUGACUGAUUCUUUAUUAUUUUCGGAAAUUGCUAUGUAAUUGUAUUAAAUUCGAUCCUUUUUUCUGUUUUAUCCUUCUAACUUGUCGUGCAAGGCUUUAACUUCUGCUGUUUUUUGCUUAUUAAUUUAUUGGCGUAAACCAACUAGUCUACCCUCACCUCUCCUAUCUAGGGUGGAUGUGCCACCAAACUCUUGUGUUACUGAGGACAGUUUCCUUUCUGAUUCUGAAAGUUAUGGUUCUGGAGCUGGCAGUCUUGGAGACUGUCAUACAGUCUUUCGCCAUUUUUCGUAUGCCACAUAUUUGCCCACAUUUGAACUGCUAGUUAUUAUUCGGCUAUUCCGGACCAUGUUAACUGGUACUUUACAGAUGCAAACAAUCGCAUCCCAUUUUCCCUAUUCGGCUCCUGGGCUUCCUUCAAACUAUGCAUACCAGGCUUGACUGCACAGUGUCAUCUUAGCUCCCCAGACCACCUUAGAGGCCUUUGUAGUACGUGCGUUCCUUAUUAUCGUUACUAUUCCUCAAAAUACAGCACCAGGCUUCUACCGUACUGUAAUCAGCCGAUUCUAAGUCGUUACUCAUCAGCGGUCCAGGUGUAGACAUAAAACUCUCAGCGUCGUUGUUGCAGAGUCUGUUACGACUCUCGGGAAACGGUCUGCGUUCACCUUUCCUACACUACAUUCUUUUUAGCCUAUGGGUAAUAGGGCUGUCAAUCCCAUGGCAGAUGUCGGUUCGUGGUGCCUUAGGACUUCCGUAUUUAGAUUUAAUGCGGAGUUUGCUUUGCUGGUUUGUCAAAUCGCUACUUGGGCUUUUCUCAUUUCCUCUCACUGGUCUUACUUGCGAUGGUAUCAUUUAGCAACUUACGCUGUAGUCCUACUUUUCGUCCUCUACGAUUACCCCUCUGAUCAUUAGUGCCCAUUUAUAGUCCCUGCUUGACUUGAGCCCGUCUUUGCAUGCUGUCGAUGUGUACACCGACAGUGGACAGGCGUACAGCUUGAUCUAGUACGACAGUUUCUUUUGGCAGACGCGUCUGAUUUUUAUGUUCCUAAAAUAUUAGCAUUUUAACGGCAAAUCUUUCCAGUUUGCGGCUGGUGGCCAAAGACUCAGAACACUUCAUGUUCUGCCUAAGUCUCAUCUAGUAUUAACAUGUCUUUGGAUCAAGUCGAACAACGCACCUGCGCUGUUACACACGUCGACAAGUCUGCACCAUUUCAUAUACCACUCCUAAGCGUUUUGAGGGCGAUGCCAUUUUGGGCCUAUUUAACCCGUAUUUGUUGACAUAGUUGCUUAUGACGAAUGUACAGAUUCCUCCGUCCUGUUGUGGUCAAGCUUAAAAACUCCCAGGUAUCUGUCAGACCGGGAGACCUCUUAUUGCAUAUCGAAUAUGCAAAAUUAUCACCCCACCUACAAAAUUGCUGUAGUGAGUCAGGUCUCAAGAUCGUAAAAGCUUUUACUCCCCAGUAGCGCACUUUUUUCUCAAAGUAGGUUAACCGAUCAAUGGCUCAAAAUGUCCACUGCGUUAUUCUUCAUCUUGCAGGAUUGAAUCAAGUACAAUGCUGCGUCCGAAAGUAGCGGAUGCUUUGUCUUACCUUGAUCUCGUCAAAGCUCGGUUUUCAAAUCAGCACGCCAUCUACACCGAGUUUUUGGAUGUUAUGCGCGAAUUCAAAGCCCAAACGUAAGCUGUCGUAGUUUCCAACAUUUUUAGAAUUGGUACCGAUGUUGUCAUAAGACGUGUCCGUGAACUCUUCGAUGGUCACCCUGACCUCAUAGAUGGAUUUAAUACGUUCAUACCGCAGGGAUAUCGCAUGGAAUGUUCUGCCCCAUCAAGACAACUGCAGACACAAGCACCAGCUGUAUCAACAAUCGCUCCUAUUUCCUAUUCCACUGAAGUGAUUUCACCCUCUAAGCUACCGUCCUUUUCGGCAUUUCGUCAUUCCGAUGUUCCUAUAGAGGCAGCGGCGUCACCUCCUAUACAGUUAGCCUUCGUAACCAGCGGAGCUGACUCAUCCUCUCGCACAAAUUACUAUACUACUUCUUGUCCUUUGAAUGCCAACUCACCUAGCCAACCGCCCCUUCUGCGUUCGCAUUUAACCACGACCACGACAGAUUCUCACGCCCUUCACCCAAUGAAUGUUGGUUCAGCGCCUCCAACUCAGCCCAUUAAUACCGUCGCCAUAUUGGAAAAUCCGGAUGCUUUUCGUGGAUCCACUCCUGGUCAUGUGGUUUUCCCCCAAGCCUACAUAUCGAAUGUGCAGCAACAGCAGCAGCAGCAGCACCAGGCCCAGUCAUUUAAUCACGCUAUAAUAUACGUCAACAAAGUCAAGGUUCGACUAAUUGUAGUUUACGAAUUCAGACUUGUAGAACCGUUUUCAAGCUAAACCGGACGUUUACAAAAGCUUUUUGGAAAUACUCCAGUGGUACCAGAGAGAGCAAGGUCACACUGACUCUGUGCGUCGCAAGAAGGCAGAACAACAAGUAUAUCAAGAUGUGGCAAAGCUCCUUCAUGGGCACGAAGAUCUGCUACAAGAAUUCAGUCGUUUUCUUCCCGAGUCCACGGGUGUCGCAUCUGACAUUGUAAGUCGUUGAUACGCUCUUACACUUUCCCUUUUAGUCGGACGUUAGUACCAAGGGAAUGCCAUAUGGAUCCGUCAGCGAAUUGUCUACAGCAGUACAUCUAGGUUCAUCCCACAGCCGCUUUGCCCCCGGCAGUUUGCCCCCGCCCCCCGACUCUCACUGGCACCGCGUUCCCGAUUCAUCACCCAAUCUGAGCUCCCCUGGUUUGGGUCCCCAGUCGUCGGGUGCAAGUGACUCAAAAAAGAUAAAAAGAGCGUCACAGUCCUCUGCACCGCAUGCAGGCGUUUCGACUGAAUCAAAUAUUCCGAUCAAAAAGUCUCGCCAGUCGGUUCGCGAUGUAAGCAUAGCAGACACGGCUUCGCUGCUUAACGGUGGUGACGCCACCCUCCUCCAGAAGGUAACAACUUAAUAUAUAUAUGUUCUAACCUACAGAUACGUGAUGCUUUGGAAGUUGACGUUGGUGGUGGAAGUCGGUCCUAUCAGUCGCUUCUCCAAAACAUUAGUUUAUUUAACAGGAAGCUGAUUACAGAAAACCAACUAAUUGACACAGCCAAGGUAUUACUCCAAAGAUUCCCAGAAUUAUGGCGCCAAUUUCGAGAUCUUUUCAGUGUGAGUAUCUUCUUUUUUAUGCCUACGGUAUUUGUACUCGCAGUCCCCCAGUCGAGGAAACAUCUGAUUCUUUGUUGUUUCAGGCCGUCGCUCCAGAAGUUGGCAGUCGGGCACACAGCAUAAGUUCACCGAGCGACCAAGUCGGCUACCGCGUGUGCACACCAGAUCGUGAGGGUGAAAAUGAGAAGCGGGCAGGUGGAAUGUCCAUAAGCUUUCAACCUUCAGCACAGUCAAAUUCAUUAUCGAGUCCCCCUUUAUCCGAUUCAAAUAUCACUCAUCCCCUGGCUGGACCUGACAACGCCGCAAUGAUUGCGCUUGUUAGUGAAGUGUCGCAACGUCGCCUGGACUUAGAUUUCAAUAAAUUGCGCACAUGUGGUGCUAGCUAUCGCGCUCUGCCGGCGGAUUUCCCCCAACCCAAAUGUUCGGGCCGUGCGAAAAGUGCUAUAGCGCGAACCGUAAGUCUUGUCUUGAUCCCACCGAUUUGCUCAUUUCCUUUAGGUUUUAAAUGAUUCAUACAUAAGCUUUUCAUCGCUGACCUCGGAGGACUCGCAGUUUGUUUCCUCUAAAAAGAAUCAGUACGAAGAGAACAUGUAUCAUACCGAAGACGAAAGAUACGAGGCUGACAUGAUUAUGGAAGUCAAUCGUGCAGCCCUUCAGAAUUUGAUUGUUGUAAAGCGCCGAAUUGAUCGGAUGAGUCGAGACGAACAACAGAACUUCCACCUUGACGACCUUUUGGGUGGAACCUCUGCCAUUCUGAUGAAAAAAGCCAUCCAUAGGUACGCGAACUUUAAUUUACACGCCGUCUGUUUCCAACACACCCUUCUCAUUCUCUCAUACGCACUUUGUUUACUCCUACGUUUUUGCCGUUUUUGUCACAUCUGUGACAGCGAUAUUGACAACAACCCGUGGACACUGCCCCACCUAUCAGACUGCUUAUUCCCCGCCUCAUGAAGGCAGUUAUUCGGGAUCCUGAAUCAGCACGUCCUAUGUACCUGUUAAAACCCUGCUUAUCAGGUCUUUAAACCCAUUACUCACGCUCACGAUAGGUUUUGGAUGCUCUCUUCUGCUUAUUUCUGUAGAAAAUGGCUAUAGGUAGACAUUGUUGCAAUCCUUUCAAGGAAAGUGGACGCGCGUGUCCAUCUGAAUGUUUUAGAUUUUUUUCAGACAUACGGCACCCUUUCGAAUUAAGCUGCACAACUUUCUCACAUGUUUACAAGAAAAUUUGUAGGUUAUUCUGUGAACUGUCUCUAGCCCUAAUACACAUCUCCACAUGGACGUUGGCCGACACUUUUACUGGCGAAUCAGUGCUAAUUUCCCGCCAUAAGUGACAUACACCAGCUUGAGUCUUUUGGUCCGGUUCUCCUUAUCGUAACUGACAAAUUUGCCACUUAUCCCCUGCUGACAUCGUUCGCAGAACAGUAGCACCAUCUACCGGGUUAGACUGUAGUCAGUAAAUCGUAUAGGUUUUUUGUUGCAUCUUGCAGUACCUCUCGUACUUAGCUGAUAUUUCGUUUGUGGUCUCACUCAGUCGGCCCCUACUAGAACUCUUAAUUUUUCGUUUUCCUUUGCAGAGUUUACGGCGACAAAGCAGGCGAUGUAAUCUACGGCCUAAAAACAUGUCCGGCAACCGUAGUCCCGAUUGUUAUUCAACGUAUGCGCCAAAAGGACAAUGAGUGGCGCGAAGCCGUGCGUUCAUUUCACCGCAUUUGGUCCGACCAGGAUGCCAAGAAUUAUCUGCGCUCCUUGGACCACCAGGGUGCCACUUUUAAACAGCGUGACAAUCCCUUCCUUCGAACAAAAACAGUCAUUAAUCAAAUCGAAGCUAUCGCCAGGGGCGAAAAGGUGAGUUAUCAUGCCUAACCAAUUAGCGUGACCUGAAGACGCUCAUUGCUCGCGUUGGCCACUUGAUCGGAUUUUUGGCCAGAAGAUCUCGUCUGUCUAGAAUGCUAGUUGAAACUGCAGUCUUGUCCCAGUAAGGCGAAGUGGUUGUCCUGAAAAAAACGAUGUAAAUUUGGCUUACGCAUACAAAAUACGUUUGUUCUUCGACAUUUGUCGGCCCAACGAAUCGAAGUCUGCUUUAUUCACGAAUGUUGUGUGCCCUUUUAGAUGGCACGCAUCUGUUGCUCUUUCGACAAUCGAUUUUAACGCGUUUUUAUGCUUUCCAGUUGCAUUAGUCUUGCCACCCUGUUACACCCAUACACCCUUCUCGUCGUUUGACGCAGCUUUUCAUAAUUUGCGCUGCUCGUUACUUGAGUGGUAUGCUUUAAUUGCUCUGUAUCCUGCGGAUGAGCAUUCAACGCCUGAUAUAUUUAAUUCCCUAUAAGGAGACUUACGGACUUGACGGUUUUUAGUUGGAGGAAGGGGGAGCAUGUUAUCGUCUGAGUGGAAACAAAAAAGUCAUAUUGCCAUUAAGCAUAAAUACGUACCUUCGACUCUUCAGUCUCAGUAUUCACGAACCUUUCAUUGUUGGUUUGAAGACCAGUCUAGCAUCGUAUCUUACGAGUUACACUGAGUCUGCAUCGUCCCCCUUCGUGACCGCCUUGUCUUGAAAUUAUUCUUCGCAGUUCCCUUAAACGGUCGGUCAGCCUGAUGAAUAGGAACUUCGGUCGGCGUUACUAUUUCAGGCUCUAGACUGAUCAAGUUUCCCCUUUCCCUUCCGUUCGGUUGUUUUGUCUCCUGCCUUGCACCAUCAAUGCAUUUGCAUUUUUGCUAGUGUAACCUUAAUAUCGCCGAUGGGAAUAGAGGUCUUCUAUGAUUUGACCAAGUUUCCUUCAGAUAUAUUGAUAAAUCACUAGGCGCAUCAACUCCGACUCGCCUCUACUUCUCUUCUGAUACGUUUCUAACGGGCAUGGUACUUCACGAAUGAGCCAGGUUAAUCAUCCACCACGAAUAGUGAUUGUUUUUUCCUCUCAUCCGACUAAACACCUUUUCCCUUUUAAACAGUCUCAGUCAUCUGAAUCGGACUCGCCAGACCCAAUCGGAUGCUUACUGUCAAAAUGUCUGACUUCCUGUUCCUCUGCGUACGACUCACUCCACCCAGGAUCCUUGGGGUCUGCUUUGAGUCACGUAGUAGAGGGAAUAGGCGACGAUGGCGGAAUGCACCUAACUCUUGAGUACCCCCCGCCAAAUGUUUGUGCCGCGUUGUUGGAAGAUGUUGCUUCUUUGAUAAUCCACCACGUCAAAAGGCAGUCAAACACAAGCAAAGAAGAUAAACGAGCCAUGAAAUUUCUGGUAAGUGACCUACCCGCACGCCCUCUCUCAGAUGUACCUUUGUCCCGCUUCAAUGAGUGGUUUACUUUUUUUUCCUUUUUAGGUACGCACAGUUUUACAGGAUCUUUUUAUGCAGGAGCGUUUCCCCAUGUCAGAUGAUGAGGACGAUGAAGUUGACCGAAGCGAGGAUAGUGAUGCAGGUGACUACGAAGCGGAUAAGGAGGGACCCUCUACUUUGGAGGAGAAUGCCUCCAACAACGGUCGUCGCAGCGCAAGGCGGACAAGACGCGCAGCUCGAACUGUGGCACAAACCAAUGGGAAGUCGAGUGCAAAGGCCUCACCACCAAACAGUCUUCUUCCUCAGUCGGCGGACAAUGAGGCUAAUAUUCAUUCGUCGCAGGAUUCCACGAAGCCCAGUCCUGAGGUGAUUUUCCAGGCUUUUUGAUAUCUAAUGCCAACUUCAAGGUCACCUUAACAGGCCCAUUUGCUUCUGUUUAUCGAAGGCAGUGAUAGGUAUUAUGAUUCUCUAUCGUCAAGUAAUGCAAACUGUCCCAGCUAUUUGACACAUUAGCAAACAACUACCUAUCUCCUGCACAUUGGAGAUUUUCAGUGCAACCCAAACAUAAUAUCUUACCUGGAAACAGGUCCUCCUUUCGAGAUACAAAAGGUGAGUACCAAUUGUUUGCACAGCCAGAAGGCGUGCUCCUGGUAGAGGUAGGACGGGCACCCAACGUAAGUUCGAGUGGUCGGAAGUAUUUCAGUUAGUCACCCUUGUCUUCCGACCCAAAGUAAUGCCCCUCAACCCGCUGAUUGGGCUCCUGCCUGCAUCUUUGAGCGUAAGUGUGUGUGCGUGACUGGGGAGUGGAUUCUGUUGAAGUUCAGUAUUUGAGUGGUAUUUGCUUUUCAACGGAAGAAUACUCUUGCUUUCGCAAUUGAGUUUACUUCCGACUUGUACCUGGAAAUCGUCAUUCCGCGUGUGUCAGUAAGACUUGCUCAUUUCAUUUGGGUUGCUGUCGUGGAUAAGCUGGUCCGGUUUACUGCAACUUACCAUAUUCGAAGACGCCUGGGGUCUUGCAAGCCUCACCGCGUUAAGCCCUCCGAGCUAGGCAAAGUGAGAAUACUUUGGUCAAAAUUUAAAAUUAUCCUUGAUAUCAGUUGUGUAGAGUACUUCACCCUGCUCUACUAGCCGCUUUUAUCGCCUUUAGAUUUUUAAAGGACAUUUGCAUUUGUACACUACGUGGAGCGUCCGCGAUCCUGCAUAGUUGAACGUAGUUCAUCGCUGUUGCAAAAGACGGUGUUUAUAGCGAUUCCUGCCGAAGUCAAACACUAUUUCGUUAUUUCCUUGACUACAACCAAACUCCAUACUCAGGACUUCACGAAGUAGUCGCAAUAUUAGAUCCGGCAAGAAGUUUGCAUCAGUCCUUCUCGAACCGUAAAAUAGGCAGUUCAGUUUUCUUGCCCGAAUGUGCACUGUAUCCUAUCCAAAAAGAUGAGCGUUCUGGUGUAUUUAAUAACCUGUCGAACAAUUAAAUGUUCACUUAUGACCAGAAACGAUCAUGAUUGCAAUAGAAGGGAAAUAUGAAACGUGCAGCCGUCGGCGUCGCCCCAGCCAGCUCAAGGGGUAAAGCACCCGACGGAAAUUUGGGGGUCGUCGUUUUAAACCCUUCCCGGGGUACCUGUUUUUUUUGGUUGAGUCUCAUAUGUACGCAGCCUGUCUCAAUAAAGUGUUUCUGUUUCUGGUGUAUUGCUUGUUUAACAGCCAUAUGGGACUUGACUGAGGCAAAUGACCAACUUGAAAUUACAUAGAAGCAAUUUUAGCACAAUUUAAAUUUCCCCGUUUUAGGUUAAGGUCACUCCUGAGGCUAAUCACGCCAGGGCGUCGACAGAUACCCUCUUUCUGGGUAGAGCCCAGAAUACACGCCCGGAAGUAGAUUUCAACUCGAGAAUGCCCGUAGAGGAGUACUACAGUCUCUUCUAUGGCAAUAAUCAUUGGUACGCGUUUCUGCGGCUUCACCACCUCCUCCUUACUCGACUUUCACAACUGCGAUCCCGGGCCAUUAUCCUCCAGGAGGAGCACACCAAGGAAGGUGGCAAAUCGAAUCCUCAAGCAGCCGAGGUGUUGCGUCUUCGAAAAGCAGGUAAAAAGACCGCCUCCUGUAUAACCUAUGUUGCAUUUUCUUGCAGGUUUACAAUGCCUCCUCUCCGUUCCGUCUUGUGGACAGCUGCUAGAUGUCCACUUUUUUUCCAUUUAACAUGUCGUUUGUUCCUGAUACUAUCCUCAUUUUCAGCACCGAACAGCCAUUUCCGUUUAUCUGAAAACUCUCCUUCCUAUCUUAGGUUGCUCUGAGCCCAGGGAACACUACCAUAGAGCUCUUAACCUCGUGAAGGACUUACUUGAUGGCUGUGAGGACAUUCAGACCUACGAGGACCGUCUGCGUGACAUGUUUGGGAUCUAUGCCUACCCAUGGUUCACAAUGGACCGAUUGGUCACUAAUUUGGUCCGCCAGUUGCAUUUACUCGCUAGUGGAGAUGAGCUCAGCCACCGACUUACCUCCUUGUUUCGUAGCUACUUCAAAUCCUCCGCUGGUCGCUCUGCCUGUGGUAGCAACAAAUCCAGACUCGAACCGGAGCCUUGUGAUUUGAUGACGAGAAGUCCCAUACCAGUGUAAGUUUGCUGGCAGUCGGUUGACUUAUGCUAAUUUGGGUUUUAAAUAUAUGGAACACUACAUUGGUCAGCUUUAAAACUGUCCAAUUCGUAAGUUUAAAAACCAUAGUUCACUUCCUUUUAGUGCCAACGCUAUCUGCGGCCCUCUGAAAACCCGCUUCAUGCGCCUAAAAGAAGAAGCCAGAUUUAGGCACAAUGCCCUAGCUGCCUGCUUGGGUUUCGCCAUUUCUUCAAGCGGCACGGACACCAACGGAUCUCACUUUAACAACGAAGGUAUCCUGGAUCGACCAACUUCUGUGCCAAACUGCUAUGCGAUGGUGAUGCUUCGGAACGCCUCCAAGUUCUUGAUUCGCCUGUUGGAUCCGUCUGUUGUACUGAAUUGCACCAAUGACACACAUGCCCCGCGAUGCUACUCCCCCGUUCACGUGCAUCCGAACCCCGCGCCCGAAGAGGGGGCUCGAGCUACGCGUGCCCUUCAACGUGCCAUUAAUGAUUCAUCGGCGGAGGCCAGACACUGGUACGACUACCUAGCCAGGUACCUCCUGCUUCCUGGCUGCUGGACCGCGGGCCCUUUGUCGCCGUCCGUGUUAGCACGUAUUCGCCCUGUAUUCCUCUACAGAAACGUAAAGCGUUGUGUAAACCGCCUUACACACCAGGCAGUUCUUCGCCGUCAGCAGGAACUUAUUACCACCGGUGAUCCACAGCCCGAAGAGGUAAGACCGCUGUAAUGCAAACGCCUUUUAAUCGAAUUUGGACAAGUCCUGUCAAAAUUUCGACAUUUAGAAGGCAUCCCACCCUACCAUAGAUGACAAAACGUCAGGCAAGGGCGUUGAAGACAUGUGCUAGGACUAUGUACUUUAGUUUUUGGGGACAUUUUCAUGAGGACGCCGCAUUUCGUCUCGGCUUGGUGUCUAAUUUGGCGCAUCAACGCUGCACUUGUGAUGUGCCCCUUGGUGCUAACCUCGGACUUCACACCAGGAUGAAUACGCCCAGCGGCCACUCAGACUCAGAGCAGUUUCAUUCGUAAAAUCAUGCAUCCCUCGUCCUUUUAAAGGCAGUUCAAUUGUUUGCUAGUGAUUCCUGGGUUAAAAAAGUUCAGUUGUUGAUACUGCUCAACUUUGGCCAGCCUCAGUUUGACCUAGCUUGUUCCAAAAAGUUUUCAUUACUAUAGACCCUCAGAUGCCUUGAUCAGUACAUACUGUUAAGGCCUUUCCAGCCCGGAAGUGGUAACCCUUCUGCAUUCCUGUUUAGAGAGUAAGUAACCUACGUCCCCUGGUGUGAUCUUGCGCCUGAAGAGUACGCUGUUAUUCGGAAGCACACCAAACCUAUACCUUCAUUUCGCCUAAUUUACAGGUACUCUUACGGCGCCUUUCCGAGACUAGCGAAACCCCACUGCAAAUUGACGAGCAACACGAGACUGCUGCUUCUAGUCCACACGAAUCUACCACUCCCAAUGAACUGCCUGGAGUUGGGUUAAAAGGGAACUUGGAGAAGGAUAUUUGGGAGCUCAUGGUUGGCGUCUUCCGCAAUAAUUUAACACACACGGAGGUGAGUUUUAUAGUUGUAUCUAAAACUUCACAAUUAAGCUCUUCCGUGACACGUUUUCGAGUGACUGCAUGCAAUCAAAUACGAAUAUGUCCGUCAAGUCAGCAUCAAAGACCUACAAGAUUAACUGGUCCGUCGGAUCCUAUGGCAUAUUUGUACGGCGAAAGAGCAAGGUAAGCGGUCCCAUGUUUCAAAACAAUCUUCCUAUUUAGAAUUCAACUUGCUCGAGUCGCCCUUCAAAGAAGUUCCACGAUUUUCAAGCGCGUUGGCUGCGAGAGCAUUUUGAUCCCCAACAGAUGGCUCAAAUAUCCAAGCAAUUUAGCCGACCAGGCAGCGAUACCUCUUCGGCGCAUGAAGUUCCCAAACCCGAGGCCGAAGUAGCGUCCUGUGCGGAGGUGGAAACCGCGGCCCCAUUGUCUAGUACUUUAUCCAAGGAUGAGCCAAUGACCGAGGACUCUGACUGUGAACUGGUGAUUACGGACAUGAAACAAGAACAGUCUGCCCACAAAAGCGCGCCUUUGGUCCCCGUACCAACAGAACAGCCAAAAUCCAUUAGCGACUCCCCACGUUCCUCACCGGAGUCUCCGGUUGGUGUCAAAAGCGAACAUGAAAAUGUGAGCUAG